UAUUUUCGUCUGCUUUUUCCAAAAUACUCCGCCCCGCGAUACUUGAGAGUGGAAUUGCCCUUGAAGCUCACGACUGGAGCGUCAUUACUGAAUACAAACAUGCGUGAAGCUGUGAAAAUGCCAUCGUCUGCCGAGAAAACUUUUAGCAUCUAUGAGAUUACCGAGCAUAUCCUUCUCCACCUGAACGAUCAUGUGGAAAUAAUCCGAGUCCAGCGCGUUUGCCGUGCCUGGAAAGAUGUCAUUCAAACAUCCCCAGCGCUUCAGAGUGCUUGCUGGUAUCAACCCUCCAAUGACAGGAAUUCCCAAAAGCGUUCAAUCUCGGACCAGCAAACACAAUCAUGGAGAUUGAAUCCAGCUUUCAACCAGAUAGGCGUCUCAAUAUCCGAAGAUUCCAUCAAAGGAGUACAUCUAGCAGACAAUAUUCAAGAAAAGGGUGAUUUCAGCCUGCAGAAACGCAUCUACGACAAACCUGGAUCAUGGACAACCAUGCUGGCCACGCAGCCCCCCUGUCAGCGAAUUUCGGUUGAAUGCUACGGCAACUAUUCCGGUGAUGAAACAAUUCACUAUCUCAUUGAAUCCACGACAGGCUGUUUCCUUAUGGGCGAUAUCAUGGCCGUUCUAGCAGAAUGUCAGAAUCGACAGGAAUGUGGGAUAGAUCGCUGGGCUGGAGUACGCCACUAUACAGGCCGGUUACUCAGAUGGUCAGAGAGCUACUGGGAUGAUAAUGCUGACUGGAAAAUGCAUGCCCAAAUGUCGAAUGAUGUAUCUGUCAAAGUCGCCGUCACGAUACCUUGGGGAGGACCGGAAUGUCCUGCAUUUUCCCUUCGGCGUCUCCAUGGCAGCAAAGUCUUUCUGCAUGAAAUGAUCUUGCAUAAGAUGAUCACUGAUGAUGAUAGUGAAUAUCAGUGGGAUUACUGGUACCAUGGGGGCUCCCUCGGGAAACCUGUGUGCCAGACAGAACCAUAUAAGGCAAACCUGCUGGUUGUACAGCAGCUUCAGGAAGGGUAUCUGUCGAAUUGCAGUCAUAUCUUCCGCCUACUCUCUGAUGUGAAGUAAUUAUUAACGCUAAGUAUCUCUUUUGCCCUAACAUCACUUAGGAUCUAGAGUUUUUCGCACAAAUACAUAUUGAUGGAUUAAUUUAUGUACGGAUCUAUAAG